ACCAAAACAUUCCUCAAAAUCAUCUCCGAAAUCACAAAACAAUUCUCAAAAAUUGGCAGUAAAGGCAAUGCGGAGGCAUAUGAUUUUCUCCUAUCUCUGGCUGAUCAUCGCUGCUGCGGCGACGCGGGAGGGAAAUCUCCGGAUGCGGGAGGGCGCACCGUUUAAGAUAGUGCUGUUCGCGGACCUUCACUUCGGCGAGGACGCGUGGACGGAGUGGGGCCCCAUCCAGGACUUGAAUUCUGUGGGGGUUAUGUCUGCUGUACUAGAUAAUGAACACCCAGAUUUUGUGGUCUAUCUUGGAGAUGUGAUCACAGCCAACAAUAUAAUGGUUGCAAACGCGAGCUUGUAUUGGGAUCAAGCUCUCUCAGCAACGAGGACGAGGGGGAUCCCGUGGUCUACUAUCUUUGGCAACCACGACGAUGCCCCCUUUCAGUGGCCCUUGGACUGGUUUUCACAAGCCGGGAUUCCUCAACUCUUGUGUGCUCGUGGUACGGAAUGUAGUUUCAGAGGCACGACGCGUCUGGAGUUGAUGAGGAAUGAGAUCGAGCGAAACUCACUGUCCUUCUCCAACGACGGGCCAAGGAAUCUAUGGCCUAGCGUCUCAAACUAUGUCCUCAAGCUCUAUUCCACUAGUAAUGCUCAGGACCCGGUGGCCUUUAUGUACUUCUUCGACUCAGGGGGUGGCUCGUAUCCAGAGAUCAUAUCCCACGCGCAAGUCAAGUGGAUUCAGGAGAUGUCUCAGGAGAUCAACCCUCACUCUAGGGUUCCUGAGAUCAUAUUCUGGCACAUCCCGAGCAAGGCGUACGAGAAGGUAGCGAUAGGCGUGCAGUGUGUGGGCUCGAUGUUCUGGGAGAGUGUUGCUGCUCAAGAAGGGGAGAUGGGGAUGAUGAAGGCUCUUGAGAAGAGGGACUCUGUCAAGGCAGUGUUUGUAGGGCACAACCAUGGGCUGGACUGGUGCUGCCCUCAUAAGAAGAUGUGGCUGUGCUUCGCUCGACACACGGGCUACGGGGGGUAUGGGAACUGGGCGAGAGGCGCGAGGGUUGUCGAGAUAGAGCAGCAGCCAUUCUCUCUCAAGUCAUGGAUCAGGAUGGAGGAUGGGAGCACCCACAGUGAGGUCAUCCUCAGCUCCUGAUGCAAAUAAGGCAGCCAUUCUCUCUCAACUCACCAUGCAAAUAAGGCCACCAGUAUUAAAUUAAACUUCUCUC